CCGCCUGCACUGUUGCGAUAACGAUAGCCACCAGCUGUUUUUCUCGCUCCGACUUAAACGUUUUCUUCCCCGUUUGGGGCAAAACAAAACGUAAUAACUACCAAACAUUCAGCACGUGCGGCGCCAGAAUUCAGGACGCACUGCAGCGGGCGAUAAGAGCAGAAAGCAACGCGGAUGUGCAACAACGCCUGAUAGCAACGUACAAUGAACGCAUUGCGCAACAUUUUCACAUCGCGAACUCUCAACUAUUUGCGCCAGAAUGGACAAAACGCGAUCCUCAACGCCACCCAGCAGCAGCAGGCGGUGGACGCGGUGCCGCUGACCACCGAUGCUGACCAGCAGCUAAAGGCGUCGCGUCCAGCACCGCUUUCCAUACCGCGCUCCAUACUCGAUGCCUGCCAUUUCACGGCCAAACAGUUUGACCUGGGACGCAACACGUCCGGGAACCAGGCGAAUGGCUCUCUUUCGCCAACGACACUGAAGCGCUUCGGACGCAUGCAACGCCGCAUGGAGCUGGUGUACCGCUGCAAGCUGUGCAACACCCGCAACACAAAGACCAUCAGCGAAGAGGCCUACUAUAGCGGCGUGGUAAUUCUCCAGUGUGACGGCUGUGCCGUUGACCAUUUGAUCAAGGACAAUCUGGGGCUGUUCACCGGCAGCGAUGGCGAUAGCAGCAUUAGCUCUGGAAUCAGUACCAGCAAGAAUAUCGACCAGGUGCUGGCCGACCGGCAUGCCCGCGUCCGGGUUAUCAAGGUGAACGAACGCGGCGAGCUGAUUUAGGAACUCUAGUCAAGGGGCAUCAGUACAGGAGAGAGCCUGGUGCCGUCAACCUGCGAAUCGUGUCUGAGGAGGACACACUCGUCUACACGGGGUGGCACAUUGAACCCAAGCAUUCAAGCACCCAAGUACCCAAUUGCAAACCAGAAUCCCACAUUCUGUUUCCGAGCUAAACCGGCUGUAAAUAAUAAUUGUACUGUAAUUGUUGAUUGUUUCGGGCCGUGAGUAAUGCCUAAAAAGUGAUUAAAGGAACGCCCAGUUCAAAAGCUAAAAACAUA